UCAACACUAGCAGCGUAACAAACUCAACUUUCUUUCUUCUCUAGACACUUCUUCCUCCUCCAUUUACUCUCUUCUAUCUAUCUCCCAUAACAAGAAGAUAAUAUCAUCAACCACUUUUUGUAUUUUUCUAUAGUUGAUUAAUAAUGGAUUUUGAGGCUUCUAAUAAGCGAAACUUUUGUGUUGGUGAUGAUGAUGAUGGGAACUUAAACGUUAAUAAUUCAUGUGAGAAAAAAACAUCCCAUUCAGAUGUGAUGAGGGAACCUGUUUCUUGUCAGGACUUUGAAUCCGAACAUGAUGUUGAUGAAGUUCCUGUGUCACCAAAGUUUUCUCCGAUUUCGAGUCUGGGAACAUGUAGUAGUAAACGUGAUCUUUCUGUUCAGACGAGGGAUAUUGGUAUUACAACAAUGCCAGUUAAGAGGCUGUUUGAUAACAGCAAUUCCUUGCACAUUUCUGUUAAGAAAUUGAAGAUGUCACCAUAUUAUGAUCAAAACGAAGACAAAGAUGAUAUUCCUUCGUCGAAUAGAACUGGAAGGUUGGGAAAAUCAGCUGAUAAAUCAUUUUCAUCGCUCAAGAAAGAAGUUAAAUUGGUAGAAAAAUUGUUUAAGAAAUGCAAAAGGAAGAGGAAAGUAGAAGAGAAGAGAUUGCAGUCCAUAAAGAGAGAUAUUGAAGACUGCUGGAAAGAACUUGGAAAAAAGAAGCAGCAAGUUAUUUGUGUUAGAAGACUUAAUGAAAUUCACAACAAUAUGCUGGGGAAACUUGAAAGGAAGGAAGAGGAACUCAAGGCUCUUGCCCAAAAAGUUGCCGAAUGUAAUAUGGAACUAGAGUCCAAAGAGAAAGAGCUUGAUGCAAUGAAAAUAUUAGUUAGCGGACAAGCAGAAAUUUUAGAGUCGGAAAGGAAGAAGUUACUAAAGGUAAUGUCAAUCAGGCAGAAUGAUCCACGUGCUCAAAUGGAAGACUUCGAGUCAAUGAAGAAGUGUUUUGAAGGUCAGGUUAAGGAACUUGAGUCAAAAGAGAAGCAAGUUGAAGGACGGGCAAUGGAGCUAAACUCAAAAGAGAUGCAACUUGAAGUCCGGGAGAAUGAGUUUAAAUCAAAACUAGAGAAAUUUGAAGGCCAAGAGAAGGAGCUUGUAUCAAAACAGAAGCAUUUUGAAAUCCGAUUGAAGGAGUUAGAGUCAAAGGAGAAGCACUUACAAGGACGAGUGAAGGCAUCAGAAUCAAGAGAGAAGCAGCUGGAAGGACAUGUGAAACAGUUCGAAUCAAAGAAGGUGGAACUUGAAUAUUGUAUAAAGGAGAUGGAAUCAAAAAAGAAGCUUUUCAAAAACUGGGUGAACGAGCUUGAAUCAAAAAAGAAGGAAGUUGAAGGACGAGCAAUGGAGCUAGAGUCAAAAGAGAUGCAACUUGAAGGCCGGAAGAAGGAGUUUGAGUCAAAAGAGGAGAAAUUUGAAGGCCAGAUGAAGGAGCGGGAAUUUAAAAUACAGCACUUUGAAAGCCAAUUGAAGGAGUUAGAGUCAAAAGAGAACCAACUUGUAGGACGAGUGAAGGAGUUCAAAUUCAAAGAGAAGGAACUGGUAUCAAAACAGAAGCAUAUUGUAAGCCGAAUGAAAAAACUUGAUUCAAAUGAGAAGCAACAUGAAGCCCGAGUGAAGGAGCAUGAAUUGAAAGAAAAAGAACUCGAAGGUCGAGUUAAGGAGCUCGAAUUACAAAAUAAGCACUUUGAAAGCCAAGUUGAGGAUUUCAAAUCAAAAGAUAAGCAAAUUGAAGAACGGUGGAAAAAACUUGAGUCAAAAGAGAAUCAGUUCAAAGUAAAGGUGCAGGAGCUUGAGUUAAAAGAGAAGCAGGUUGCAGGUCGAGUCAAGGAACUUGAGUCAAGGCUGGAUAAAUUUGAUGGACAACUGAAGGAGCCUGAGUUGACAGGGAAACAAUAUGAAGCGUUAAAAAAAUAUAUCAAUGAGGAAAAAGAAUCGGUUGCAUCCUACAUGGAUGACCGAUUAAGUCCUACCAUUGAUGGAACAAGUUUGCAGUUGGACAUGAGUGAUAAAACCGAUGGAGUUGAGUCACUUCGCAAUGACAUUUAUGUUUAUCUGCUAGAAUCAUCAGAUCCAUCAAGACUUGUUUUGGAUAUAAUACAAAACCCCAUUAUUCCACUGUGUAAGAAGGGAGACAAUGGUGUGGUUAUUGAGGAUAGCCACAUCUACGUGCUAGAAGAACUGAUGAGAAUCUCACCAACUAUUAGACCUUGUGUAAGAGAAGAAGCACUGAAGCUAGCACAUGAUUUGAGAGCUUACAUUAGAGAAAAUACUGAAAAUUCUUUGGCGGUUCUUGGUUUUUUGUUGCUUUUGUCAAUUUAUGGAUUGCUUACUUCUUUCGAUGAAGAUGAAGUUUUGGAGCUUUUUGCAUCGGUUGCUCAGCACAAGACAGCUAUGGAGCUGUUUGAGACCCUGGGUUUUGCAAAUAAAGUUUCUGAUUUUGUUGAGAAUCUUAUCAAGAGGAAGCAAUUUGUUGUAGCUGUUAGAUUCAGUUGUGCAUAUAACUUGGCUGACAAGACUAAACAAGUUGAUCUCUUGCAACAACACAUCCAAAAUGCCAAACUGAUUUGUGCGAACAGUUGCAAGAAAACCAACUCCAUUGAAAUCAAGGAUAAGGCUAGAGAUCAAGAAAUUGCUAGUUUGGAAACUGUUCAACAAUGCAUUUCGGAUUGCAGACUACAGUCUGAGGUUCUUGAAAAUGAGAUCGGAUAUCGCAUGCUUGAGCUGCAAGCACAUAAAGGAAAGUAGUGUUUGUAGUAGAACAACCUGAUGUAAAGAAAUGGGGUAAUGGAAACGGCUAACUUAUACACUACUUCUAUUGGGGUACAUAUUCACGCGUAAAUGACCACAUGACUCUCUCUGUUUCUUGCUCUGUGUAAAAGGUCUAAUUGAAAAGAAUGAAAACUCAUAUGAUAUAAUUAAGUUAUGCAUGAUUCUUCAUUCUUGGUUCUAA